AUGACUGAGGAAGAAGUGGUUGAAAGAACAAGUUCCGGAGGUGAAGAAGAUCCAACCUCUAAUGAAGUAAUAAAGAAGGAAGAGCAGAAGGAUAAAAGAAAGAAGCGGUUACUGAAGGAAACCGAAAAGGCGAACAAGCGUGGUGUUUGCUAUUUAAGUCGGGUACCUCCUCACAUGGAUCCUUUGAAGCUACGUCAGAUUCUUUCCCAGUAUGGUGAAAUUCAAAGAAUUUAUCUCACCCCUGAAGAUCCUGCUGCACAAGUUCAUCGUAAAAAGGCUGGUGGAUUUCGUGGCCAAGAAUUCUCAGAAGGGUGGGUUGAGUUCACCAAGAAGAGUGUUGCCAAGAGGGUUGCUGAGAUGUUAAAUGGGGAACAGAUAGGUGGCAAGAAACGGUCAAGAUUCCAUUAUGAUAUUUGGAAUAUCAAAUACUUGAGUAAAUUCAAGUGGGAUGAUCUUACUGAAGAAAUAGCAUACAAAAGUGCCAUUCGGGAGCAGAAACUAGCUUUGGAAAUUUCUGCUGCCAAGAGAGAGCGAGAUUUCUAUCUCUCAAAAGUUGAUCAGUCAGUAGCCUUAAGUAAUAUAGAAGAACGACUAAAAAAGAGGCAAAAGGGUGAACAAGUCAAGAAGGUGAUGCGCCAAUUUCCCCAGAAAAAACCUGUUGCAGAGGAAACUGAAAAGAAGUCCCAACUAUCUAGUGAUAUCCUAGCUGGAGUUUUUGGCAGUUCUUCAUGA